CCACCACUCAGCCUUCGACGUUCUAACACACGCGUAUACGUGUACAUACACGGACGUGCACGGAGUGGAAACAGUGCAAAGAAGCGUGGAUACACAGCGUGAAUGUGUGAGUGAUAGACCGAAGCGGCGAUUGCAGAGUGUGGAAGGGGCAGGAUCGAGGAUGCCAGUCUUCCCCGGGCCACGGAUCUGGACGGCGUAUUUUCUGCGAUCCUUUUCGAUCCUACAGAUCCGCGAUUUUUUAUUCCUCGCGAGUCGCCUGGUUUGGCUUUCUUUGGUUUGAUACUGAAACUUACUCGUUUGGAACGAGUUAUCGGAUCGUAGCGCGAGUUUUACUUUCAAAGUGUUGUGAAGGGACUUUGUGGACUACACACAUACAUAGGUUGACUACUGACAUGUUUUUGUCAGUUUAGCACGUGUAUUUGGUAUAUCAGCAGACUCUUUUUUUGGUUACUCGAUGAUUAUGAAAAUGAAGAGAGGAAGUUUGUGAGUUAAAAGGAAGUUCUGGACCAAUUUCAGGAAAGAUGAAGACGGAAAUCGAGACGGAGCCAGAUUGCACGGACAGCAUCCUUUGUUCGAACAACAACAACAACAACAACGUGAACACCAAUAACAACAACGUAACCAGCAUAAAGAAAGCUGUUACUAAUAUCAACAACAACGACAGUCACGAUGGAAUGGAAAUGGACUGUGGCGGUUGCGGGGAAAGCGUUCGCGAGCGGACUGUCCUCUGCGUAGGGGGUCGUACCUGGCAUUCCAGAUGUCUGAAAUGUUGCGCCUGUGCGAGGCCUCUGCACGAUCAGCACUCCUGUUUUCUUCGAGGGAUGAGGCUCUACUGCAGGCACGACUACGCCUUAACCUUUGGUGCAAAAUGUGCGAAGUGUGGUCGAAGCGUAGGUGCGGGUGACUGGGUGAGAAGAGCCAGGGAAAGGGUGUAUCACUUGGCUUGUUUCGCCUGCGACGCCUGUUCUCGUCAGCUGUCGACGGGGGAGCAAUUCGCCCUGCUGGAUGCCCGAUUGCUCUGCAAGGCUCACUAUCUCGACGUUGUCGAAGGAAACAAUACCUCAUCCUCGGAAGAUUGCGACUCGGAGCACGGUGGCAAAGGGAGCAAGACGAAGAGGGUCAGGACCACUUUCACGGAGGAGCAACUCUCUGUUUUGCAAGCGAACUUUCAGUUAGACAGCAAUCCCGAUGGCCAGGAUCUUGAAAGAAUAGCUCACGUUACGGGACUGAGCAAACGAGUGACGCAAGUCUGGUUUCAGAACUCGAGGGCCAGGCAGAAGAAACACAGUGGAAAGAUCAAAACGCAAAUGCACCAUUCACCACCAAUGCAACAUCAUCCAGGUGAUUUGUACCCAACCAGUGUAAACAUGGUAGGUGCCUAUUUAGGGGGGUAUCAAGGCGGCAGCGCAGGAAGCGAAAGUCCUGGCAGUCCAUUGACACCACUCACUCCUUUAACACCUCUAACCCCGACAACGCCCAAUCACCUUCAAGCCCAGUUCUGUCAUCAAACGGGUUAACUUUAUUUAACGAUGUCCAAUACCGGUGAUCAUUGCUUCCGAAUUUUACCUUCGUCGAUCGUUUCCAAGUCUAAUAUUGUUUGCAAUGGAAAAUUUAGCAUUCGAAUUUAGAAGAACAUCGAUCUAUUUAGAGAGGAAGAAAUUAUAAAAUUCUAGGAUUUCGAAGAGGGUACAUUAAUUCAUUCGAAAG